CCUUUUAAGGCGGAGGGAGCAAGGGGGUGGGCGGGGAUGGGCUCAGGCCCUAUAUAAGGCUGGAAGAGGCGGUCCCCGCUCCUCUCCUGGCUGUGUCGCGAUCUCUGUCGUCAAGACCAGGCCGUGCUCCAGGCUUAUCUCCCGCCGUCGAUCAAAAUGCCUGAAGAAAUCCAGCAUGGUGAAGAGGAGGUGGAGACCUUUGCCUUCCAGGCAGAGAUUGCCCAGCUUAUGUCCCUGAUCAUCAACACCUUCUACUCCAACAAAGAAAUCUUUAUGCGGGAGAUAAUUUCCAAUGCCUCCGAUGCACUGGACAAGAUCCGCUAUGAGAGUCUGACAGAUCCCUCCAAACUGGAAAGUGGCAAGGAGCUGAAGAUAGACAUCAUCCCCAAUCCCCAUGACCGCACUCUCACUCUGAUUGACACUGGCAUUGGCAUGACAAAGGCCGAUCUUAUCAAUAAUUUGGGUACCAUUGCUAAGUCUGGCACCAAAGCUUUCAUGGAAGCCCUACAGGCUGGUGCAGACAUCUCCAUGAUUGGGCAGUUUGGUGUGGGCUUUUACUCUGCUUACCUUGUGGCUGAGAGGGUUGUGGUCAUCACCAAGCACAACGAUGAUGAACAGUAUGCCUGGGAAUCUUCUGCUGGUGGCUCCUUCACUGUUAAAGCUGAUCAUGGUGAGCCCAUUGGCCGUGGUACCAAGGUGAUCUUGUACCUGAAGGAUGACCAGACGGAAUACCUGGAGGAACGCCGUAUCAAGGAAGUGGUGAAGAAGCACUCCCAGUUCAUUGGCUACCCAAUCACCCUCUAUCUGGAGAAGGAGCGGGAGAAGGAGAUCAGUGAUGAUGAGGCAGAGGAGGAGAAAGCAGAGAAGGAGGAAGAAGAAUCUGCCCCCAAGGAUGAGGAGAAACCCAAGAUUGAGGAUGUGGGUUCAGAUGAGGAAGAAGAAGGUGGCAAGAGCAAGAAGAAGACAAAGAAGAUCAAAGAGAAGUACAUCGACCAGGAGGAACUCAACAAGACCAAGCCCAUCUGGACCCGGAACCCUGAUGACAUCACCCAGGAGGAGUAUGGCGAGUUCUACAAGAGCCUUACCAAUGACUGGGAAGACCACCUGGCUGUCAAGCACUUCUCUGUAGAGGGCCAACUGGAAUUCCGGGCACUUCUGUUCAUCCCACGCCGAGCUCCAUUCGACCUCUUUGAGAAUAAGAAGAAAAAGAACAACAUCAAGCUGUAUGUGAGGCGUGUCUUCAUUAUGGACAGCUGCGAUGAACUCAUCCCAGAGUACCUGAAUUUCAUCCGGGGUGUGGUGGACUCUGAGGAUCUGCCCUUGAACAUCUCCCGUGAGAUGCUGCAACAGAGCAAGAUUCUUAAAGUGAUUCGUAAGAACAUUGUCAAGAAAUGCUUAGAGCUCUUUGCAGAGCUGGCGGAGGACAAAGAGAACUACAAGAAGUUCUAUGAGGCUUUCUCCAAAAACCUCAAGCUGGGGAUCCAUGAGGACUCUACCAACAGGAAGCGCCUGUCAGAGCUAUUGCGCUACCACACAUCUCACUCGGGUGAUGAGAUGACCUCCCUCUCAGAGUAUGUGUCCCGUAUGAAGGACAAUCAGAAGAGCAUCUACUACAUCACAGGUGAGAGCAAGGAGCAGGUGGCCAACUCUGCAUUUGUUGAACGGGUAAGGAAGCGUGGUUUUGAGGUGGUGUACAUGACGGAGCCCAUUGAUGAGUACAGUGUUCAACAGCUGAAGGAGUUUGAUGGAAAAACCUUGGUGUCUGUCACCAAAGAAGGGCUGGAGUUGCCAGAGGAUGACGAUGAGAAAAAGAAGAUGGAGGAGAGUAAGGCCAAGUUUGAGAACCUUUGUAAACUCAUGAAGGAGAUUCUAGAGAAGAAGGUUGAGAAGGUGACAGUUUCAAACCGGCUGGUCUCUUCCCCCUGCUGUAUCGUCACGAGCACCUAUGGCUGGACAGCCAACAUGGAACGUAUCAUGAAGGCCCAGGCCUUGCGGGACAACUCCACCAUGGGCUACAUGAUGGCCAAGAAGCACCUAGAGAUCAAUCCUGACCACCCCAUUGUAGAGACUCUGCGCCAGAAGGCUGAGGCAGACAAGAACGACAAGGCUGUCAAGGACCUGGUGGUGCUGCUCUUUGAGACAGCACUGCUUUCUUCUGGUUUCUCCCUGGAGGAUCCACAAACUCACUCCAACCGUAUCUAUAGGAUGAUCAAGCUAGGCCUAGGCAUUGAUGAAGAUGAGGUGGCUGCAGAAGAGCCCAGUGCUGCUGUUUCAGAAGAGAUCCCUCCACUGGAGGGAGAUGAAGAUGCAUCCCGUAUGGAGGAGGUGGAUUAGAAGG